AUAUAUAUACCCCAAACAUCCCCGCUAUUGCCAUAAGCCCAUAACCUUCUCUCCCUCACUUUGAACUGGUUAUCUCUUGUUCCAGAUCCAAACUUCAUUCAACUCAGAAAAGGAAGAUGGAUUCGUUCUUGUUCACCUCAGAGUCUGUGAAUGAAGGUCACCCAGACAAGCUGUGUGACCAAGUCUCAGAUGCCAUUCUUGAUGCUUGUUUGGAACAAGAUCCAGACAGCAAGGUGGCCUGUGAGACGUGUUCCAAGACGAAUAUGGUUAUGGUGUUUGGAGAGAUCACGACGAAGGCGAAGGUGGACUAUGAGAAGAUAGUUCGUGAUACCUGCCGAGGGAUUGGGUUUACCUCGCCAGAUGUUGGUCUCGACGCUGAUAACUGCAAGGUCCUUGUGAACAUUGAGCAACAGAGCCCCGACAUUGCCCAGGGAGUUCAUGGUCAUUUCACCAAGAAACCCGAGGAAAUUGGAGCUGGUGAUCAAGGCCACAUGUUUGGUUACGCCACUGAUGAAACCCCCGAGCUUAUGCCUCUUACUCAUGUCCUUGCUACCAAGCUGGGUGCCAAACUCACCGAGGUGAGAAAGAACAAAACUUGCGCGUGGCUGAGGCCUGAUGGUAAGACCCAAGUUACAGUUGAGUACAGAAACGAGAAUGGUGCUAUGAUCCCGGUUAGGGUUCACACUGUUCUCAUCUCGACCCAACACGAUGAGACUGUUACCAACGAUCAAAUCGCCAAGGAUUUGAAAGAACACGUGAUCAAGCCUGUGAUCCCGGCUAAGUAUCUUGAUGACAAGACCAUCUUCCACCUUAAUCCAUCAGGCCGCUUUGUGAUUGGUGGUCCACACGGAGAUGCUGGACUUACUGGCCGCAAGAUUAUUAUCGACACAUAUGGAGGGUGGGGAGCUCACGGUGGAGGUGCUUUCUCCGGGAAGGAUCCUACCAAGGUGGACAGAAGUGGUGCCUACAUUGUUAGGCAAGCGGCCAAGAGUGUGGUGGCCUCAGGACUUGCUCGUAGAUGUCUAGUGCAGGUUUCAUACGCCAUUGGUGUGGCAGAACCUCUUUCGGUGUUUGUUGACACUUACAAGACGGGUAAGAUUCCAGACAAGGAUAUAUUGGUUCUGAUUAAGGAGAACUUCGACUUCAGGCCCGGAAUGAUCACAAUCAACCUCGACUUGAAGAGAGGGGGUAAGUUUAGGUACCAGAAGACUGCUGCAUAUGGUCACUUUGGCCGCGAUGAUGCUGACUUCACCUGGGAAACCGUCAAGAUCCUCAAGCCCAAAGCUUGAGUUUUUUUUCUGCACCCAUUGUUCUCGUUGCAGACCAAUAAACGAGCUGAGCACAUUUGAUAGUGGGGUAGUUAGAGAGAGGAUUUUAAGAUUUCUCAGUAGUUGUUUUUAGCUUUUCCAGUGUUUAUUUGUUUUGAGGCAACAAUUAGUGUUUUUGGAUUAUUGUUUCAUUUUAAUUAGGUUGAGUUUGUGAAAA